CUGGCUAUCAUCGAUUCAUCCUGCGCAGGGGCUAGUAUGGGUUAUACCUGGUAUGGGUUAGUUAAUUAUGUGACGACUCCAAAGCGCCAGUCCGUUUGUUCUCCGACUGGUCACAAGUCUAAUCACUUUUGGCGUAACGGUUAAGCGCGGACCACAGUCUUGACUAGCUUGACUACCUAGGACAACCCGGUGAUCAUAGUAUUCACCCUUAGAUCAUCACGAUGGUUAAAUCACCCAACCCGCGCCGCGGCGCCGUCCACAAUGAAAUUGAUCGAUUGAUCCCUUGAUCAAUCAUCGCAUCGUCUCUCAUACUUCUGCAAUUAUCAUUUCAUGUCUCCUGAUCCUACGUCUCAACAGCUGGACGAGGAAACGCCUUUGCUCCAAUCGGAGGGAAAUACACCGGCGAAGAAACCACAGACACCUCUACCAUGGCGCCAGUUUUCAAUGCUCCUGGUGUUGCAAAUUGCCGAGCCAAUGACAUCGCAAGUUAUUUCACCUUUUGCACCGCAGCUUAUUCGUGAUAUUGGAAUCACCCACGGAGAUGAAGCGCUCGUUUCGUUUUAUGUUGGGUUGUUGCACUCGCUAUUCUUUGCGACGGAAGCGCUCACCAUUUUCCACUGGAGUCGUCUCUCUGACUAUAUCGGCCGCAAACCUGUCCUGCUAAUUGGACUGUUUGGACUCUCCCUCUCGAUGUUUUGCUUCGGUUUGUCCAAGACGUUCUGGAGCUUGGUGAUAAGUCGUUGUCUGAAUGGCGCACUCAAUGGCAACAUUGGUGUUAUGAAGAGCAUGACGGCUGAAAUGACAGAUUCGACUAAUAUGGCCCGCGCAUGGGCGUUCCUCCCUCUUGCCUGGUCCAGCGGUAGCACACUUGGGCCACUCAUUGGCGGAGGACUUGCGCGGCCUGCGGAUAGGUUCCCUAAUAUCUUCGGGGAUUCCGAAUUUAUGAAGAAAUAUCCAUACUUCUUGCCAUGUGCAGUCCCUGCCACAGUAUCAGCGUUGACAUGGAUUAUCGCUUUUCUUUACUUGAAGGAGACCACAACUCCGCGAAUGAACAUCAGCCAACUGCUACCUUGGAAAAAGCGCAAGAUUUCCCCUUCACCGACUUUAGAACCCCUGCCAGUAUCAUCUUCGAUCAGUGACAAGCCUGUCCCCAUUCGAGCUCUUUUCGUUCGUCGCGUACUCAUUGCAACCGGAAGCUACGCCGGGAUUGCCCUUGUUGAUAUCGCAUUUCGCACUGUACAACCCGUGUUCUAUGCCACUCCCAUAUCGCUGGGUGGUCUAGGGCUCGAUACUCCAACCAUUGGAACUAUCUUGGCGCUCCAGGGAAUAUUAAAUGGCGCAAUGCAGCCAUUGGCCUUUGCCAGGCUUUAUAAUAUCAUGGGUGCGAAAAAACUUUGGCUGUUCGCUGUAACGUGCGCCCUGCCUGUGGUUGCUCUCCUCCCGACCUUGAAUACGCUGGCGAGAUCUAGUGGCAUUGUUCAGAGUACAUGGUAUUUGGUGGUCCUACAGGUUGUUUUGAUGGGCUGCACAAAUUUUGCAUAUGGCAUAUCUUUUAUGUAUAUCGCUGCGGCUUCCCCUAACCGAGCGUCCGUGGGUGCGACAAACGGGUUCGCACAAGUGAUCGUUUCUAUCAUGCGCGCUGUUGGGCCGGCUGCAGCCAACUCCGCGUUCUCGAUUAGCAUUGAGAAACAGUAUCUUGGAGGGAAUCUGGUGUAUUGUGUAAUGGUAGGUAUGGUGUGCAUGGCGAUGGGCGUCGGUAUCUUGUUACCUCGCACUAUGUAGACUAAUUAGCUUAGAGCGAAGCGAGUCUUAUUUGUUGUAUCAAUUUGAAUAUGUUAGCCUUCA